CUGAUUUAUUUACUCUAGGAUUUUACAACUUAAUGGAUCCCAAUUUUUUAAACGACAAACAUCCGCAAUCUAUUAUUUUUCUUUAAUUAUGAACAAGUGGAGAAAGGAAAGUAAAUUGAUUAUUUAGUUAUGCAACUUUGUUCUUCCUGUUUCUUAAUUUUUUAUUAAAUUUAAUUUUAUAAAUGAAUUUCUCUCAAAAUACACGAGGUAUGUCAAAGUGUGAAAAAUGCACUUAUUGUCAUUUAUUAAUAAUUACAUUAAAGCAAAUUAUUUUUAUGUAUAAUAUUAUAAUUAUAAUUUAUUUCGACAUUUGAUUUUGAUAUCUAUCAUAACUGAAAAAAUUUUUGAUCCACUAAUCGACCUACUAGUAAAUCGCGAUACUCAUACUUUGAAUCUCUCAUUUACUUAAAGAGAACUUUUAUAAUUUUACGUAACUUUUAUAUUUUGUAAUGCAUUGAUAUACAAUUUUAAGGUAAUGCAAACUGCCAUGUCAUAUUUUACGGCUUUUUUGUUCAUAAAAUAAGAAUUGCAAACACAUAUAUUAUAAUAUAUCUUUAUAUAUAUCUUUAUGAAAUUAUGAUAUCUAGGAAAGCUGUUUGCAGUAUUUGUUUUAUAAAGCAUGGUUGUAAUCAUAAUCAUAAUCAUAAUCGCUAAUAAGUCGCACGGAAGGAAGAGUUGACUCCGAUCUUUGUAGACAAAUUAAGAACGAAAUCGAUUAUUGGAGAAAUGUGUUAAAAAUAGUGAUUGUUGCCGUAUAUAAAUGCCCUUGCUAGUCGCGGCCUUUCAUUCCGAGGAUCGUUUGAACGUUUCGGUUCUUUGAAAAACAGUAAUUUUAUCAUGAUCUUGAAAACAAUCGCCGAGUUUGACCCGUUCUUGUCGACGCACGUAGCACAGUGUGGGAAUCCUGGUAGUGGAAAAACUUCGUAUCUCUCCUCAACGACUUGCAAUGAGUUCAUCAAUCUAAUCGCAUUAAAAGUAAAAAAUACUAUUGUGAGCGAAAUACAAGCAACCAAGUACUUCUCGAAUCAUAGUCAACUCAACGCCAGUUAUAGCUGAUAUCGACCAGCUCUCUUUCAUUACAAAAUAUGUAAAAGAAGAUGGUAGCCCGAUCAAACGCUUUCUUAAUUUUCUACCAAACGCUGGACAUAAAUCUGAAGAACUUGAAACGGCUCUAACUUCUAUGCUCGCAUCGUUCAAAAUUGGCAUAGACAAUUGCAGAGGACAAUCAUAUGAUAAUGCUAGCAACAUGUCUGGUAUCUACACAGGAUUACAGGCACGGUUGAAACGAUUGAAUCCUCUUGCCGAUUAUGUACCUUGUGCGGCUCAUUCGUUGAAUUUGGUUGGAGCCUGCGCCGCGGAAUGUGUCACAGAAGCUGCAUUGUUUUUCAGUACUCUUCAAGGUUUAUACACUUUCUUCGCUGCGUCUACUUGACGUUAGGACUUCUUAUCAUCAAACACAAAAAAUAACAUGAAAGUUUUAAAACGAGUCGAUGGAACUCGAUGGUCAUCUCGUCACGACGCUUGCGAUAGUUUGUGUAAAAACUGGGAUGGUGUAUUGCAAUCUUUGAUGAUAAUGAUCGAAGAUGUUCACGAAAAAGCGGUAACCCGAUCCGAAGCUGCUAUAUUAAAAAAACAACUUAGCCGAUUCGAAACAGUGUUUAUGGCCGUAUUCUGGAACUCGCUAUUGGAUCGAUUUAAUGCUAUGAAUAAAUUGCCGCAAAGUGUAGAUAUCGACAUAGGAAUCGCUGUAGAGCUUUAUCGUUAUUCGCUAAUCGAUUUCGUAGAAAGCUUGAGAAGUGAUGAGAUGUUUAAAGUGUAUGUAGAGAAAGCCAAAUGCAUUAUUUCUGAAGAGUACGAAUUCGAUAGCAAACGAAGCUGCAAACGAAAGCUUCAACUCGGUGAAUCGAAAGAAAACGAAGUCGUCAUGACCGGAAGAAAUAAGUUCACAGUGGGAACUUUCUACGUGAUAUUAGAUCGCGUCAGAUCUGAAUUGGAGAAGCGACACUCAGCGUAUGAAAAUGUCUUCAAACGCUUCGAUUUUAUGAGAAAUCUCGUUCACUUGUCGGACACGAUACAUGAAGAAGCUGCGAAACUUUACAAUUAUUACGCCGAAAAUCUAGAAGAUUCAUUUGCCACUGAAUGUGUGCACUUUCGUCAGUUUCUUAAUAAAACUAGCUCAGAAGAAAAGACUAAACUAAAACUGAUCGAUCUUUGUAAACUUAUACGCAACCAAAAUUUGUUAUCAAUGUUCCCUAAUAUAGAUAUAGCUUUGCGAAUAUCUUUGUGUAUGGCCACCACAAAUUGCUCAGCAGAAUAAUAUAAUCUUUUUCUGCUUUAAAGCGAAUAAAAACGUACUUGCGAUCAUCGUUGGAGGAAGAACGUUUAAAUUCAUUGGCAAUCUUGGUCAUUGAAGCCGAACUUAUGAUGAGCAUAAAAUACGAUGACAUUAUUAAAGAUUUUGCAAAAAUCUCACCAUAAACCACUUGAGUAUUAAAUAUUCCUAUCAUCUCUACAACACUAAAUCUUACUCUCCAAAAUUUGCCACCCCAAAAAAUCUGCCGCCUCCAAAAAUUUUCCCGCCCUACGCUUCAGCGUAGUCAGUGUAUGGAUAAAUCCGCCACUGAUAAAGUCAUAAUAUAUUUCAUAUUAGAAAUACAAAUAUAUGUAUAACAUUUU